AAGGAAUCGAGACAUAAGUUACAAAAUAAAAUACUUUAACAAGUAGGUACCUACCUAGGUACCUCAAUAUUUGGAUAAUAAUAUAGUUAAAGCAAUUUUCAACAUGUCUAUAAUUCGACAAGCGUAUUGUACGCUGAUAGUUUGUUACCUAUGUUUGAACAUAGGUAUCCUAUUUGCAUGGCCCUCAUCAACCAUCAAGCUCUUCUCAUCCAAUAACACCACUCUAAACAGACCCAUGACCGAAACAGAAGUGGCGCUCUUUGGAAGUUUAGCGUCCAUAUCAGCUUUGAUCAGCACACCCCUAGCUGGAUUUCUCUUGGAUAUACUGGGGAGAAAAUAUAGUUGUAUUUUAUUUGCUACCCCGCAAGUAGUCGCCUGGGCGUUAAUCUCUACAUUCCCAUCUGUUGCGGUCGUCCUGCUAUCUGUAUUCAUAGCAGGAUUAGGAGGCUGCCUAUUCGUAAUCGUACCACUAUACGUCAGUGAAUUCUGUCACGAAUCUAUUAGAGGCACCAUGACCUCUGGAGGUAUUAUUUGCUAUGGCGUGGGGAUUAUGGUAUCCUACAUCUUAGGAGGACAUCUGGAUUAUAACAUGAUGAACUACACGUGUCUGCUUAUUGCUGUUGUUGGAGUAUUAGCACUGAUGAUUGUUAGAGAGUCGCCAACGUACUUGAUGAAAAAAGGAAUGGAUAAGGAAGCCGCAAAUUCUAUAGCCUUCUAUCGAUCCUUAAAAGCAAAUUCAAAGGAGGUUUUGCAGGAAAUGGAUGUGAUACGAAGAGCGCUGAACCCGCAAUUGGACAAUGAGACACCUGAAGAGGAAAAACUAAAAAUCGAAAGUCAAACUCCUAAAAAACUUUCGCUGCUUCAAUUUUUAAAAAAAUCUCGAUCAACGCGUCGAGGCUUAGUAAUAGUUCUUGUCUUGUACACGAUAUCCGUCUUACAAGGGCUGACAGUGGUGCAGGUCUAUGCUGAACCAUUGUUCGAAGAGGCACUACCAAGCAUGUCUGCCAACUUGACCAGUAUUUUAUUUGCUCUCGUAAACACCAUUGCUGGUUUGAUUUCAGCUUAUCUGAUGGACUAUGCAGGAAGACGGCCCGUGAUGAUAUACUCUUCAAUAGCUUCUGGUAUUUGCUGCGUGGCCCUGGGAACUCAAAUACAAUUCCACUGGGGCCCUCAUUGGCUGACCGGCAUAUUUAUCUAUGUCUUCUGCUUAGCUUGCACCAGCGGAGCGGGAACUGUACCCUUUGUGAUGAUCGCUGAAAUGUUUCUACCGGAGGUAAAAGGCGUGAUGACAAUGGUGUGUGUUCAAUGGGGAUGGAUAUGCACCUUCAUUACCCUCUUCAUCUUCAACCCUCUGGUCUUAGCGAUGGGUUUGGGGCCAAUAUUUUACAUCUUUGCGGUUGUCAGCGCCAUUUCUAUAGUGUUUUGUUACUUUUACAUGCCAGAGACAAACGGUUUGACCGUGGACGUCAUUCAAACGUUGCUAGUUAGGAAGACGCAAUGUUGAAAAUUGGAAAAUGGUACCUACUUUGGUACUUAAUAUAGCGAAGUGCACAGGUUUUUAAGGCCAGGAUUCAGGGUAAAUACAAAGCGAGACGGCACAAGGUGGCAAUAAUAUAGCAAAAAUCAAGACAUCUGAAGCGUCUAACGUGUAUAAGAUUUGUUGGAACCGUAUGGACUCGUAUGGAGACUCGGCUUCUUGUUGUAUUACAACUUCUUAGAGCCUUCCUCCCAAGUGCGGAUCUACCGUUGUGGGCACGAUGGGCAGUGGGCACGCCCACAAUCCUAAUAGAUUUGUGACGUCACACUUUCCCAAUCUAUUAGGUCAAUAGGUUGAUGAUAUUAUACGUAUCGUCAACCUAUUUACUAGUGUUCGCCCCACGGCUUUGCCCACAUGGAACUAUUAACUGUAUAAAAUCUUGGUCAGGGCGUCAUAUAUUUUUGUAAACAUCUCCUUUGAA